AGUAGCAUGCGUUUGGCUCGAUAAAAUUAACUCAAAACACCACAAUGCACACAUAAGACGACAAAUGGAUACCAUUGUUUUGAAGAGAAACCGGAAGUUGUGUUAGGUUAUAAGUGCGAGCGAUGAAAUUCUGAUAAGUAACGGGUACCAGGGCAGUGUCAAAAGUUUUUUUUCUUUAAAGAAACAACUAAAUGUGAGUUUAAAAAGAGUUGAUAGAAGUGAUAGAAGACUUUAUAUCAUGAAUCGGAGUAGUUUGUGAUUCUUGCUGUGUAGACGUAAAAUUAUCGCUGAAUGGGACCAAGAACAAGGCGGACAUGAACUUCGGCGUCCCCGCUAACUCUCUGCUUCUUCUCCGUGCCUGCGAUGAGGGAGACUACGAAACGGCGAGGGGGAUCCUGGAACCCGGGACCACCAAAGAGUCCGGGCGGCAGAGCAGACUGCGCUCGGACGCGGGCUCUGAAUGCAACACGGCGGAUUUGUUGUUGUUGUCGGCGGUCCCGGUGGACGGUACGGACGAGGAGGGCAACACCGGCCUCCAGUUUGCAUCCGCGAGCGGUCAUGAAAACCUGGUUCGGUUUUUGCUUCGAAAGGGGGCCUCUGUGGACAGCCGCAAUAAUUACGGUUGGACGCCACUAAUGCAGGCUGCUAGAUUUGGUCAUCUGGCUGUCUCCCACAUCCUGUUGGAGAACGGGGCGGACAUCAAUGGACGUAACAGGCUCGGUGCGAGUGUCCUGACGCUGGCCGCGCGUGGCGGACACACGCAUGUCGUGAAGCUUCUCCUGGAGAGCGGCGCCUUUGUGGACGACUAUGAUCAUCUGGCCGUCGCUGCCGAAGUCGUCCCCAACAGCAAUAACAACAACAGCUGCAGCGGAGUGGGUUUCGGUGCCGGUGAAGGCUGCACAGGAAACGGUGUGCGGGAUUUUAUGGACAUCACAGCUCUGAUGGUGGCAGCUCAGCAUGGUCAUGAGGCCUCGGUGAGGCUGCUGCUCGAGUGGGGCUCCGACGUCAGUUUCGCACAAAAGACCACCGGCUGGGGGCCCCUAAUGGUGGCUACACUCAGCGGCAAGGUGGCUGUGGCUCAGCAGCUGGUGGAGCGUGGCGCCGACCCAGACCGAGUCAAUGUGUUGUCCAAGACUGCAUUUGAACUCGCCAUGCAGCUGAAAGAGCGAGAGAUCAAGGCCUACCUGGAUUCCAUCACCACUGUCCGACCACAGACUGAUGACGAAAGACGAAGACCAGACGUGUUCAGUGCCCUCAAACUGGGCAAUUCCCAGCUCGUCAAGGAGAUCCUGGAAGAAGACCCGACUCAAGUGAAUUCGUCCAAUCAGGAGGGCGCGUCGCCUCUCAUGAUCGCUGCAGUGAGCGGUCAGUUGGAAGUUGUGCAGCUGAUGGUGGAGAAGAAGGCUGAUGUGGACAAACAGGAUGGAGUUCACGGGUGGACGGCGUUGAUGCAGGCCACGUAUCACGGGAAUAAAGAUGUCGUCAAGUACCUACUGAGUCAGGGGGCUGACGUCAACCUUCGAGCAAAGAACGGCUAUACGGCAUUUGAUCUGGUUAUGCUGCUCAAUGACCCAGACACAGAGUUGGUGCGUCUGUUAGCAUCGGUGUGUAUGCAAGUGGACAAGGAGAGGUCCAAGCACCGUGGAAGGACAACGGCGGCUCAUUCUAAAAGCAGACAUACAACGCUCAACAACGCUCCCGUGCUGCCUGACGACAAAGGAGGCCUAAAGUCUUGGUGGAGUAGAAUGUCAAAUCGCUUCCGACGACUCAAGCUGACUCACACUCUGAGGCACGGACUUCUGUCCAACCGUCUCGCUCCGUUUCCCGAUGACUCAGAAACCUCGCUGGACGCGACUAUGAAGGCUGAUAUGAAACAUGCUGCUUCCUCCAACUCCAACGGGCCGCUGGUACCCAGUGGUACUCAAGGAGGAAGUGACAUCAGUGCGCUGUGGGCAGUCAAAAUCAAAGACACGGGUCUGUGUAGGACAUCAUCCGAAAAGGAGGAUAUGCUCAUCACCACAAUGCUUCGAAGUGGCGCCCCGCUGACCCGACUACCUAAUGACAAGCUCAAGGCAGUGAUCCCUCCCUUCCUGCCCCCGUCCAACUUCGAACCAUGGAACUCUGAUCGUUCACGCCGACUCAGCAACGGAAAGAGCGAGGCACCCCGGCUGCCGAUGCCUCCUCAGAGGAAGUUGAACAGCAGUGGCAACUCAGAUAUUACGUCGAUCAGUCGAGUGGUGAGCAGGUCCAUGAAGUUUCCCAGCAUUCCGAAGGGGCCCUCCUCCUCUUCUCCUUCCAGUUCUGGCCACUACCACUCCCCUCACUCCUCUGGGGGCUCCAAUGGAGUGGCGGGACUUAACAGGGACACACAUAACCGCUCAGGUGGCAGUGCAGACGGUGUUCUGGCACAAAUAGCCGCCCAAAGGAAGAGAGCUGCUGGUCUGAUUGAUGUCAACAAUCAAGCUCCAGAGAAGCUGAGCCCACCACCACUUCCUUCUGCAGCCGCCAGUCUGCCACUUCCUGAUAUCAGCCUCCCUGACACCCACUCCCACCCGAGCCUGGUUGCAUCGGAUGUCCCCUCCAGAAGGAAGAUGGAUUUGAAGAGAAGACCCCAGUCAGGGAAUUCUUCCACUUCCAAGAGCACAUCACCCACUCUGACGCCAUCUCCUUCCCCGACGCCGAAGCCUCCUGGCGGGCCGGGAGACUCCUUGUCGUCAGCUUCUUCCCAUCCACGCUCCAAGAGCAGUGGCGGCUCUAGUAGUGGAACCAUCACAGAUGAAGAUGAGUUGUCAGGUAUCCUAAAGAAACUUUCUCUGGAGAAAUACCAGCCCAUAUUUGAAGAACAGGAGGUGGACAUGGAAGCGUUUCUGACUCUAACGGAUGGAGACCUGAGAGAGCUCGGCAUUAAAACAGACGGACCCAGACAACAGAUACUGGCAGCAAUAUCAGAGCUCAAUGCUGGGAAGGGUCGAGAAAGGCAGAUUCUUCAAGAAACUAUCCACAACUUCCAGUCGUCCUUUGGAAGCAGCGCCAGUAACCCGAGACCACCAGGAGAACCACGCUCGCCAACUAAUUGGUCGAGACAUCAGGUUCGUUCCUCCAGUAAGAGGUAACCAUGGAACUUAACAGUGGAGCACAUUUGCAGGAAGUAGAAGGUACUUAAAAUGAGACUCAAAAGCUGCAAUCUUAUGGACGGUGCCAGAGGACGUUACGGCAAGACAACCAAAAACUCAUUUUCAUACGUUUCUAUGUUGUCUUUAGUGCUUUUUUUUACGGACCCUAAGGUAUGGUAAGCAGCUGCUACAACAAAAAGUGACACUGAAUGUAGCACGUUUUUAAUCCAUUGCAAAAGCGACAACAACUUAUAAAGAGGCACAUCCAACUGUUUUAUGACUUUAUGUACUAUGUUCUUUAAUAACAGAUGAUUGCUAACAGAAAUAAACAAUGUGACAAUGCCAAAGCUUUACAUUUAGUCUUGUUUAGAUUACAGCUGAAACAUGAGCAGCCAUGUUUUCCAAACUGUCCCCAGCAUAUAUAAGUGUUGUGGUUCUGAAGAUGUCAUCUGUAAUUCCCCUGAAAACCUCACCACAUGGUGGCUGCAAUAAUAGGCUGUUGUAUUUGCAGGGAUGCAUAUGGAAAUGUACCCCAAAAUGAAUAUCACAUGCGGAAUGUUUAAAA